AUGACAGCAUCCGACCUCAAGCCUCAGACCCUGCGCCGCGCCUGUCAGGCCUGUGCGCGGGGCAAGCGCCGCUGCGACCAGCGCUGGCCACGUUGCACCAGAUGCCAGACCAGGGGUAUCAGCUGCGAAUACGCCAAUGUGCCUCUUACGACGGACAAUGCUAUCCCCGCGGGGAAACUAGCUACACCUGCCGCCCGGAACAUACCGACACCGCGCCGUCGAAUGGAGGUGCCCGCUGCUCGAGCUGGAGGUCCACCACGCCCACGCCCCCAGCUUACCAUCCACCACCCGCUGCACCUGGAGAUCCCGAAAGGCUACGAGCCAAGCAUCAUCUCCUUCCUCGUCGCCGGUGUAUCUUCCCUCCCCAUGGCAUUCGCACGGGAUAUGAAAACCCACUUCAUCCACCCGGAGCUCUGGCCUUGCGGUGCAAAUGGCACUCCACCACCCCCCCUCCGCGAUAUCCACGCCCUCUGCCAACUCUUCACAAGAUGCCAGAACACAACGACCUUCCUCUCCCUCCUCCGCCAGAAAACACUCUACCACUACAGACGCAUCUCGCACACCGCAACAGCAACCUUCUCAGACACCCUCGCCUCGACACAAGCCCUCCUCCUCGCACAAUGCAUGCUCAUCACGACCGACCCAAACACGCCGUACUCCGAAGCAACAAGCUCCAUGCUCCUCUCCCUAGCCCAGAAACUGUACGCGCAAGCCCCAGUCCAGUUACCGAGCUCGCUAUCCCCGCGCCGGGCGUGGUUAUUCGCUGAGAGCGUGCGGCGGACUAUCAUUGUCGCGUUUAUGCUGCGGAGUGUGUACUCGCUGCAGAAGAGGAAUUACUCCGUGCGCACGCCGUUCGUGGACUCGUUGCCUUUUGAUAUCCGCACUGGUUUGUGGGAUGGCAACGCGCGUGCGGGUGCGGACAUGGUCGUGGACACAGGGGCAGCGGCUUCGACGGACGCCAUUGUCUCGCUGCAUCAGUACUCCGGCAUGUUGGAGAGCGGGCUCGUUCAUGGGAUUUCCCCGUUCGGGGGCUUGAUUCUUGCUGCGUGUAGGGGCAGGGCUGUGGAGGAGAUUGCCUAUCCGGCCGUCGCAGGCUGA